GAUCUCAGGCGAAUCAGAAACAUGUUACGCCGCCGGACCUGGUAUAUAUCAAGACUCAAGAAAUAAAAGCGCCAAUUACACUUGUUUGAUGUACUUAUCUACACAUCAGGGACUAUGUGACUUGCAUUUUACAUCCAUCGCACCUCAUCAAAGAAGACUAUUCUAAUAUUUUUUUGUCACAUGAAGGAUCCGUUGAAAUAACUGUGGAGCUGACAAUAUUGUUUUCCGCUGAACAUUGGGAUAUUUUAUUUACUAAUAUUUAUAUUUUCAUCAUAACCAUGAACACUUCAAAUCUACAUAUUUAUGCGACGUUACUAUCGGGUAUUUUACUUCAGUACUUUAUGAGAUGGGUGCAUUCAGCAAGCCUUCCAUCCGUACCCCCACCAUCACACCAACAACCAGCAUCCCUUCACACACUCCUUGAUUCCGUGCCUCCAACAAAUAGUACAGGUACUGACGAUGAACAGGAAAUAUAUGAAAAUGAAAAUGGUGCCUUGCAUAGAAUAAAGAGGAGUCGUACUAGGUGUAGAAGACAAACUACUGAUGCUCUCCAAGAAAUGUUACAAGCAGCAGGGGCAAACACACUCUAUAUGGACAACAGUCCCCUAAAUUUCCCAAAUUUACUUUACUUCGCUUCAAACAAGACAUCAAAAAGCAGCAGAAGAUUAAGAAAGAGGGAUGUAGAAUCGGUUUUACACGAAGGCUCUCACCCAUCUUUACCCCAAGAACUUCAGGAACAAUUACACAACUCAUACGUCACACCACAGCAAAGAAGAUCGCCCAGAUCGAUACGAAACUCAGUAGGUGAGAGUACUAUUGGAUACUGUGAAAAUAUGGGAGAACCAAAUGAUGACGGGUUUCUGCGUCUUUGCGGAGCAUGCAUGAUGACAACAGAACUACCAGAUAAUUAUUUCCCGCGGUAUCUUAACGAAGUUGUCUGCGACCCUCAACAGGCGACAGCGGGCUGUCUAUUAGGUACUGGAAGAUGCGCAGAUCGAACUUUUGAACUGAGCAUGCUCAGAAGAACGGAUGAGUGCGCGCCCCAAAGGAGUGCGACGGGCGGACGGCGGUACGUCGAACAUUGGGAAGUGGUAACGAGAAGUGUGCGCGUCGGGUGCGAGUGUGAGUUAAAUCCACAAUCACACUUAGCAGCGGCGCUGGUUGGAUCAUAACCAAUGGAUUCCACGCACAUACUUUAUCAUCAUGCCCGCCAUUUUGUUUUGAAAGCAUUCCAGUUUAUUUUUGAUACUCUUCACCGUUAUUUAUAUAAAAAUGAAUAAAUCGAAAGACUGAUGUAUAUAAUGAUUAUUGAUGAAAAUGUUAUUUAAAGAAUGCGUGUAAUACUUGUAUGAAAUUUUUGAAAGCAAUUAAUGUUUUUGGUGAUGUCAAAUAUUUCAGAGUUGGAUUAAACAGCACACUUGACUUAUGCACGUAGCUGAUAUGAAAAUAAGCGGACGAAUAAGUCGCACAUGCCUUUAUAUGUUAAAACAGCAUAAAUAUGUAAACGAUGUAAACAUCACAACUUACCAAAUUCAGGUUUUCUGUUUUCUUGCCAAAAUAAUUCAUGUGGAUGAUUUGACUAUCCACAGUGUAAAAGGUGAGCUACGCACAAUGUGUGUUAAUCACAAUUUAACCCCAAUUCAGGUUGUCUGUUUUCUUGCCAAAAUAAUUCAUGG